CCCUGCAUCCCUCCCCCUCCUGGGUACCAGUGCGCUCCCGGGCGCUGGCGGCGGAAGAGAUGGAGCAGCGUCACGAUUGUCCAGCCCCUUAAAACCCUGCUGGCUGAAGCCGCCUCCCUCCCUGCAGCCCGCAGUAGGGAUGGAGUAAGGAGGGACCCUUCGACCUGCCCGCGGGGACCAGCGAUGGAGCUAAAGCAGUCCUCGUCCACCCACCUGGAAGCUGAGAAACCUUUGAGGCGGUAUGGGGCGGUGGAGGAGACGGCGUGGAGAGCAGAGGGACUGGGGAGAAAUCAGCUGGACAUCAUCUCCAUGGCAGAGACAACCAUGAUGCCAGAAGAGAUCGAGCUGGAAAUGGCGAAGAUCCAGCGCCUCCGGGAAGUCUUGGUCAGACGGGAGUCUGAGCUCAGGUUCAUGAUGGACGACAUCCAGCUCUGCAAGGACAUCAUGGACUUGAAGCAGGAGCUGCAGAACUUGGUCGCCAUCCCAGAGAAAGAAAAAACCAAGUUGCAGAAGCAGAGAGAGGACGAACUAAUCCAGAAGAUCCACAAAUUGGUACAGAAGAGAGAUUUUCUUGUGGAUGAUGCCGAGGUGGAGCGGUUGAGGGAGCAAGAAGAAGAUAAGGAAAUGGCUGAUUUCCUGAGAAUCAAGUUAAAACCUCUAGACAAAGUAACCAAAUCUCCAGCCAGCUCCCGGGCAGAGAAGAAAGCAGAGCCCCCACCUAGCAAGCCCACGGUGGCCAAGACAGGGCUGGCACUCAUCAAGGAUUGCUGCGGAGCCACCCAGUGCAACAUCAUGUAGCCCCCACAUGGGGUACCCCCGGGGCUGCGGGGAUCCCCUCCCACCCUCUUGUCAUCAGAGCCCCCACUUCACCGGGGCUCAAGAACUCUUCAAGGCAGAAGGGGUUAAAGGCAAGCCUGUGACUGCCACCAGGGGCCAUGGCCGUGGCAGGCGGGCCCAGCCACCCUGUACAGAGUGUAGCAAUAGGAGUCCCUCACUGUCGCAUGGCCCUCCCCAGAGCAUGCCGAACCCAGGAGUCUGUCUCACCAUUUAUCCAACCACCAGGAAAAGUCCUCCCUCACGAAAGUAUAUCCCCACUUCUCUCUAGCUGUAUCUAACCCACCAUGCCGAAUGAACUGGGAGAGGGGCGUGAUCCCCAGGUGUGUAUAGUUCUGACUUCUCAACAAUCCAGCACCACGUUGGACAUAUCCCGCAUCCACCUUCCUAGCUCUGCCAUCCGGCCUGGCCCAAAAGGGCACAAGUCCCCGCCCUCGUCCGUCCUCUCCCAGGGAGAGUGCUCUGGAUGGCUCCACCCGGCCCAUGCGUCUCUCAGGUGCCAUGAGUAUCGCCUUCUUGGAGACCGAUGGCCGGCCUGUAAACACUGAGCUAGGGUGUGCUGUUGUACUCACAUCUCCUGCUUCCUCCCACCCCAUGUCUGGGCCUGAUUCACAUCAGGAGGGGUCCGCUAUGCUCUUGGCUGAGAGUUGCAGUCUCCCACACUGAGGUCAACGAGGAUGAGAAGGAGACCUGGAGACCAGCAGAUGCUGACUCAGGUACUCUUCACCCACCGGGGGCCGCUGCAGGAGCGCUAGCAGGAUGCGCCCCACCGGCCGGACACAAGACCUCCGUGAAGAACAGGCAGGAGAGGCAGCCUGACCCAACCGUGUCCCGUCAUGUGGUGGUGUAUUUGAACCAGCCUAAUAACCCCGCCUGUGUAGCUUGAUGUACAUUUGCUACAGCCAGCCCGGCACAGCCUGUGUGACCUCUUUACGUGUAUGUGUGUCGUGCCCGGCCUAAGUAGUUAGCGUAACUCAAGACUCACUGAUGUGCAAUCAUCCAUCAGAGAAAAUAAAAGUGGAAACCACGUACGCAUUUUAAUAGUUUUUACUUUUCUUCUUGAUUAUAGAAGUAAAUCAUGUACAUAGUAAAUAAUUUUAAAAGUAUACAAAGCAUAAAGAAGUUGUUUUUUUUUUUUAAAUACCCACGAGUCCUCUAGAGACCUCUGAUUUUUUGGCAUGUUUCCUUGAAGUAUUUUUUAUGCAUUUUGUUUUUCCUGCUUGACAUCAUAUUGUACCAUUUUAUAACAAAAAUUUCCCCCCACUUAUCACUAGAUCACUAUGAUUUCCUUGCAUCACUAAAAGCUCUUUGUAAACAUUAAACACUCUUUGCAAAUGUUCAGAAUGGCUGCUUAGUAAUCCAUCUUGUGAUUAUACCUGUCACUCAUCACCAUUUCUUCAUUACUGGGCUCACACUUAGAAAGUGUCCUGUUUUCAGUAUUGUAAUAAUGUUAUGAUAA